AUGUUGCGUGCCCAGCUCUGUUCCGUAUUGUUAACUAAACAACUGUGCGAUGUUGCGAUGAAACAGGCAUGCAGAAGCAAUUCUACUAUCUUUGGAUUAUCGUCUGGAUUUGGAAAAUGUGGAGUGGCAGUAAUACGGGUGUCUGGCUCAGCGUCAAAAGCCAUCGUUCAUAAGAAGACCCGGCUUAAAAAGUGUCCAGAACCUCGACGGGCUUUGUUAACAAAAAUUUUCCAUGGUCAUACGAAUGAAAUGAUAGACCGAGGGCUUUUGCUUUGGUUUCCUGGUCCGCACAGCUUUACUGGUGAGGAUACGGUCGAGUUCCAUGUGCACGGCGGUUCGGCAAUAGUUUCCGCCAUGUACGACAGCUUAGCUACGUUCCCCGAUACUAGAGUAGCGGAACCGGGAGAAUUCACAAAACGCGCAUUCUUCGCCGGCAAAAUGGACCUGACGGAGGUGGAAGGCUUGGCGGAUUUAAUACACGCCGAAACGGAAGCACAACGAAAGCAGGCACUGCGACAAGCCAAUGGUCAACUUUCAUGCUUCUACAACGAUAUGCGUACUCGACUGGUGAAUGCUAUUGCCAGCAUUGAAGCUUACAUAGAUUUUUCCGAGGAUCAAGAUGUCGACGACGAAGUACUGAACGUAACCGUGCAGAGGAUUGAAGCCGUCAUCGAGGAAUUGAAGGGGCAUCUUAACGACAACAGACGGGGCGAACGACUACGAAACGGUGUCCGAACGGCCAUCGUUGGGGCGCCAAAUGUGGGCAAAAGUAGCUUAAUCAAUCUGCUAAGCCAGCGAAACGUUUCGAUCGUUACGAGUAUAGCUGGCACCACAAGGGAUAUAGUGGAAUCGCACUACGAUAUUGGUGGUUAUCCAGUCAUUCUAGCCGAUACUGCCGGGUUGCGGGCAAACACUGACGACGUGGUAGAGUGCGAAGGCAUUGCCCGCGCUAGAACGUAUGUAGAUUGUGCCGAUUUACUGUUGCUCGUGGUGGAUGCUUCUCGCAUCGAUCGGGUCAAUAGAUUGGAUGCUUUUAUCGAAGAAUACACACAAUCGCUCGGCAUAGACAAGCGUAUGAUUUCUCAUACGUUGAUUAUUCUCAACAAAUGUGAUUUAGUGGACAAUGACACGCUAGAUCGGUUGAAAAACAAUUCCACUUUCAGUUGUUUGUCCUGCGAGAGUAAGGCCGGAUUGGUGGAACUUAUGGAACGUAUCAAAACACGGCUAGAGCAACUGUGCGGAAAUCCUGCAGUGGAAAGUCCUACCAUCAGCCAAGAGCGUCAUCGCUCGCAUCUAAAGCAGUGUUUAACGUAUCUCGAGCGGUUUCGGGACUAUUUCAAAGAAACUGCAGAAACGGAUCGAGAUCUCGCCAUCGUUACGCAUCACCUGCGCAAUGCCGUGCGCUGUAUUGGGAAAAUAACUGGUACGGUCGAAACGGAGGAAAUUCUAGACGUUAUAUUUAGUACGUUUUGCAUAGGGAAAUAA